GAAAUGGGGGGAAGUACAUUCCUGAGGUAAAAUGUUCUUCCCUCAGUUCUUGCUUGUUUUUAUUACUUUUCUUUCUAUUCAGCCUUCGUCUUCCAGUCCCUCAUGGAAACCAUUUCCCCUUUGAUUUUGCUCUGUUGCACCCUCCUCUGUGGGACUGAACGAGAGGGAAAUGGGGGGGAAGUACAUUCCUGAGGUAAAAUUUUCUUCCCUCAGUUGGUGCUGUUUCCGUACAUCCGGGGUUUAAUGCAGGCAGGCCAUUUCCUGCUCUCCUGACUCAGGAAGGACAACAAGGCUUGAAAGAGAAAGCAAGAAGCCUGUUGGCUGGUUGCUGCUUAGGAGAGGGGAGGUAGGAACGUCUCUGGAGCCGAGACUGAGACUGAGAGAAAUAAAAGGAAGGUGCUUCGUUUCGAGGCAAAGGCUGCAGUUUAUUGUGGGCUUCACAUUCCCGGAAGCGAAGGGAGAAGUGGGCGGGGCCGCUACAGGUGCAGCACAAAGUGGUCUGAGGAGAAUUUCCUGGUUGAGCUCACUCAAGGGGCGGGGGGUGCUGGAUAAAUGGAUCAGGCUGGAACUAUAUGGAGUAAGAACUGACAGUGCAGCCCUUAUAUUAGCUGACAGGUUAGGGGAGGGGCUGAGUAGGUGUAAGUAGGUAACUAGUAGCUGGUUUGUUAACUAACUAGGUCACAGCUGUGUGUGUAAGCAGGUUAUAGUUAUUUUGAUCAUUGAGGGGCAACACCACAUAUGACCAAUUGGAUUAAAGUUGGCCUGGCCCUUAUGUAGCAGAUCUAGAUUUUUUUGGGGGGCUAAUGGGUUCUAGAUAAUCAUCAGGAAAUAAUUUUAUAUUAUAACGUCACCAAGGAAGGCAGCUUUAAGUGUAUUGGGUAAAAGGACUUAAUUUAAAUUAAAUCAGCCAGGGUAUAUGCUGAGCAGCAGAGGAACCAAUCAAAAGCAAGCGUGAGGCAAGUUUCAAUAUGGCUUCCGAGAGAGAUGAGGUGAUCCAGCUGCCUCCCGAUGGGACCUGCGAUGCCUGCGAGCCCGACGAAGCCAAAGAAGCGGCCCAAAUCUGCGACGACUGCCAUUUUUCCUACUGCGGCCCCCACGCUGAGGAGCAUCGGAGUCGGUACAGGGAGCACCGCCUGAGGGAAUUCACCACACAGCCCCCUGUUCCGGAGAAAAGUGGGGAAAAGCCAGGAAGCGAGAGCAAGAAAAAGGAAUACACAGAGAAGAGGUGUCAGAUUCACCAGCAGGAGCUCACACUCUACUGCAGAGAGGACCAGAAAAUUAUCUGCGUGCUCUGCGCUGUCACGGGGGACCACCGGCAGCACCAGCUCGUCACCCUCAAUCAGGCCUACCAAGAAAUGAAGAACAGAAAACCUACCGACCUCAAACUGGCCAUGGGCGACAUGGUGGAGAGGUUAAAGGCAAAGUGCGUGGACCCCAUGAUUAGCCGCAGUGAGCUGAAGGCCUUUGUACAGAAGGAGUUUGAGCUCAUGAGGCACCUGGUGCAGGAAGAAGAAAUCAAGGCCCUUCACUACGUGGACCUGCAGGAGGCCGUGGCUUCUGCUCACGUGACGGAGGUCUUGGCUGAACUUAAUGUCCAUAUGGCUAAGCUCACAACUGAGAUGGUAGAAAUCACACGGCAGCUGAACAGCUUUAACGACAUUGCGAUGGAGAAACCAGAGCACCCAGAAGAAGAAUCAAGGGAGGACCGGUGCCCAACCAAUGCAUCGGCCAACCACCGAUUUCACGAUCUUCCAAAAGGCAACGGGCCCUGGUGAAGAUGUUCGCCUUCCAGAUAUCGGCGGAUUUCUUCCCUUCUCACCCGCACCCCUAGUGUCCUCCUGCCUCUCUCAUAGUCCCACAAGUCUCGCUCCCUCUUCAUUUGACCCCCCUCAGAUCCUACAACCUGUUCAGUGAUGGGGAAAAAUAGGAAUUGUUUGUACUCAUUGUGGAAGAGGCUGUAAAUAUCCCGAUUGCACUAAAUUCGGAAGACUUAAUUCUGCGCAGCCUGGACGACCCGUCUGAAAAUCUUCAGUACAUUGAGGCUUCAUGGUCUGGGCUCGGCCUGGUUAUGGGAUCUUAUAUAACAAGUACUAUUUUAUGUAUAAUGUAAUUCAUUUGUUUCUUC